CGUUCAAAAAGAAAAUGCAGCUACAAAGCCGCCAUUUUGUUUCGUUGGCGUCCUUUCUACUAUUUUAUCGUUAUUGAUCAAACCGGUGUGUAGUGUUGUUCUUAAAUAAAACUGAAAACUUAAAAAAUCAAGAAAAAGAUAACAAAAGGAUGAGUGACCGGGAUGAUAGAAGCAGGUCUAGAGACCGUUCAAAAAGGGAACGUCCAAGCAGAUUUUCAGAAACAAGUCGGGAAAGAAGCUCCGAUAGGGGCCGGGAUCGUGGAGGUAUGAAAUCAUCCCAGUGUCGCGUUUAUGUAUCCAACAUUCCGUACGAAUAUCGUUGGCAAGAUUUAAAAGAUUUAUUUAGAAGUCAGGUAGGAGACGUAGCGUUUGUUGAGUUGUUUGUUGACGAAAAUGACAAACCUAGAGGAUGUGGUAUUGUUGAAUUUUCGGACCCGAAUUCAGUAAAAAAAUGUUUAGAGGUUAUGCACAGAUUUGAGCUUAAAGGUCGUAAACUUGUUAUCAAAGAAGAUUUUGGAAACCAGAGGGAUAAGUAUGGCAAUUUGGUUGGAUCUGCUGCCAGUAAAAGAGCUCGCGAAAGAGAAGAAAGGGAUAGGUUUAGGGAGGAUCGUAGAGGAGGAAGUGGUGGUUUUGAUCUGCCUCCUUCACAAAGUGGCCGUGGACUUCCAGAGGUGGAGAAUAAAUGGGGAAAUACUUUCGGCUUGAGCCCUCAAUUUUUAGACUCCUUAGGCAUCACAUCUCCAAUUAUCAAUCGUGUUUUUGUGGCAAAUUUGGAUUAUAAGGUUGACAAGAAGAAAUUGAAGGAGGUGUUUAGGUUGGCGGGUAAGGUUCAGAAGGUUGACUUGUCCACUGACAGAGACGGUAAUAGUCGCGGUUUUGCGGUGGUCGAGUACGACCACCCAGUCGAAGCUGUUCAAGCUAUUUCAAUGUUUCACAAUCAGCAAUUAUAUGAUCGGGUGAUGACUGUUCGUAUGGAUCGCGAGGGCGAUCGUCAAUCAGUUAAACUACCCGAUGGACUUAAAGGGAUCGGAAUGGGAUUGGGCGUUAACGGUGAGCCGUUACGUGAUGUUGCUCGAAAUCUUCCAAACGCUAACCCAAACCAGCAGCAAUCUGUCGGUAAUACAGGGGCUGGCUUAUUGGGUGCUGUGCCUAAUUCCUCUCUGCCCCUUGGUAUAGGGAGCGCUCUCUCAGGUUUGAAUACAGGUGUUGCCUCUGCUGCUCUGGGAAGUCUCGGAACGAACCCUUCGGUUUUACAAGCGGCAAAUUUGGCCGGGUUGUCAAACAAUUUGCUCACAGGGGGCGUAGGUGCCGGUGACUUGGGGUUAGCCGCUAGCUUGGUUAAUAAUCCUAUGGUUCAGAAUCAGUCUUUGGCAGCGUUGGCGGCUAAUACAGGUUCAACGUCCUCUUUUGAUAGGAGCGGAAACUCCGCUCCCACGAAUCAAUCUGGUCAAAACUACCAGAACCCAUCGACCUUAACUCAAAACUUUUUGAGCGGUGGAGGUGCUGCUACUAGGGGUGCCACGUACAAUGAUAAGGGCACAGCAGGAUUUGGUUUUGGUACCUCUGAUCGCGAUACGAGAGUCACACCUGGUAAUUUGUUCAAUGGAAACCAAGUUCUUCGCAAUUCGAACGCCAGUCUUAAGAACUCCGGAUAUUCGAACAAGAUAUUGAUUAGUAACCUUCCUCCGACUGCUGGUCUGAGAAUGUUGUCUGAGAAAUGCGCUGAGUUUGGGGAAGUACAGAGGAUCGACGAUAAGGGCAGUGGUUCGGUUUUGGUUAUGUACAGCAGCGAAUGGGAAGCUGAGCGCGCUAUUAAAAACAUGGACAGGGCACGAAUCGAUGGACGUACAAUUGACGUUCGCUUUUUCUAUUAGUCGAUUUUCUUGAAUGUAAAAAUCCAUAUCCUAAGUUAGUCUUAAAAUGCUUUUUUUGUAAUGUUCUUCAGGACGCGUGGAAAGGUUUAGUUUUUUUUCUAUUGGAUAGAUGAAGCAGCAAGAAUAUUAAUUAUUGACAAAAAGCACUUAUUUGUAUCUAUAAUUCGACCAUGUGUAAAGUUAAUUUGUAAUAAAAUAUUAAUUUUU